GUGAGAUAUAAAUUUCUGUUGUUUAUAAGCUACCUAUUCUAUAGUAUUUUGUUAUAGCAGCCCAAACAGAUAAAGACAGUUGGGCUCCUAGGAGACCUCCCUUACACCAGCCUCACCCCAGUUCACUCUUCUGUGCUAGUGCCAUCAGAGCCCUGUUCAUCCAGUACCUACUCCAUCCUGGGCCUGUGCCAUUCCAAUACCUGCAGUCAGAAGAUCCUUCCUGAGGCACCCAUUAGAAAAACCAAUUCUUCAAAUUAAAAACAAAACCCAAAAUUCCUCUAGGUUCCAUUUAAUUGAGUAAAACCCAGUCCUAUUUCCUUAGCUUCGCUUUCCAUGGGCCUCCUUAAUUACCUACAACUGACUUUUCUAACCUUCUCUAUCACCAAGGCUCUAAAAUAAGACAACUUGCUCUUCUUCAAACAUGUCUUUCCUAUCUCCACACCUUUGAUUGUUCAAAGCUCUUUGCCUGGAGUACUUUUCCCAUGUUUCCAUCCUUUAAUAUCCCACACAUCUUUAAUGGAGUGGUUCAAGUGGCUUCUCCUCCAUGAAGCAUGUCCUCACCCCUCCUUUGUGCUAUUAAUGAUGGAUUCAUUACACUGAUAUAUGAUAUAAACUCAUACAGUGUUAUUAGUUUAUGUAAUUGUAUUACUGUUAAGGAAGUUAGAGAAGACAUAGACUCUUUAUAUUAACCCACAUAUUUACCAUUUCCAGUGCUUUUCAUUUUUUUCCUCUGUUUUCAAAUUACCUUCUGAUGUCAUUUCUUUUAAUCUUGAAAAACAUUCUUUAGAAUUUGUUUGUAUUUUAUGCAGAUUUGCUGGUGACAAAUUCUCUGGCUUUGGUUGUCUAGGAAUGUUUUUAUUUUGUCUUCAUUUUUAUAGGAUAGUUUCACUUCUUGGAUAUAGAAUUCUACGUCCAAUUCUAGGACAUAGAAUUCUUGGUUGAUAGUUUGUUUCUUUUAGCACUUUGAAUAUCAUUCCAUUACCUUUGGGCCUCCAUUGUUUCGGAAAAGAAGUCAUAUUGAUCACAUUGAUGUUUCUCUGUAUGUUAUUUUCUUUUCCUUUGUGGCAUUGAAAAUGUUGUCUUUGUCCUUAAACAGUUUGACUAUGAUGUAUCUAGUUGUGGAUCUCCUUGUAUUACCCUAGUUGGAGUUCGUUUGGAUUUUUGGAUGUGUGCAGAUUGAUGUUUCUCAUUAAAUUUGAACUGUUUUAAACCAUUAUUUUUCAAAUGUUUUUAUUUCCCCCUUUCACUUUCCUAUCUGGAAAUUUUUUUUAUCACAGGUAUGUUGAUGUGCUUGAUGUUUAUCAAUGGAUUUCUGAGGUUCUGUUGGCUUUUACUUAAUCUUCUUCUCUGUUUUUUAGACAUGAUAAUUUCCAUUGAUCUAUCUUCAAAUUCAUUGAUUUUUUAGAUCUUUUGAUCUUGAAUUUUCUGUUGAGCUCCUCUAGUGAGGUUUUCAUUUCAGUUAUCGUUCUCUUGAACUCCAUAAUUUAUGUUUAGUUUUUAAAAUAAUUUCUGUCUUUUAAGAGAUGAUCUCUAUUUUUCUGUUCCUUAUUGUUAUACUUUCUCCAGUUAUUUAAAAAUGGUUUUAUUUAGGUUUUUGAGCAUAUUUAUAAGAGCUACUUUGAAGUUUCAUCUGCUGUAUCUAAUAUCUGAGGACUCAUAGAUAGUUUCUAUUGAUUGCUUUCUUUCUUGAGUAUGAAUUAUGCUUUCUUGUUUCUUUGGAUGUGUCAUAAUUUUCUGUUGAAAAUGGGACAUUUAAGGUAACGUAUUGUAGCAACUCUGGGUCUUAUUUUUCCCCCUGAAUGAUGAUGUUGUUACUGGUUUCUUUGUUUGUGAGUAACUUGCUUGGGCUAAUCUGUGAAAUAUGUCUUCUCUAUGGUAUGUGACCGCUUUUGUGUUGGUUCAGAUUUUAGCUUUAAUUUUUGUUUUUAUUUUUAUGUCUUGCUUCUUAGAGGUCUGUGUAGGUUAAUGGUCUGCCAAUGAUUAGACAGAGGUUGUGCUCAAGCACCUUGAGCCUCAAGACUUGCAUUCUCUGCUGUUGGAUCUGUGUGUAGGAAGGAAAGCACAUUCAAAAUUCAGGUCAUUUUGAAGUCUGCUCUGGCUUUGACUUUCCAGUGGGAUCUUUCACCUGUUCUACAAGCAAGCAUAGCCUUAGGGCUGGCCAGGAGUAUGUGGCUAUGUUGGCUCCUCUCUGGCCUUCAUUGAGUAUGUGCACAUCCUCAGCCAAGUAUUUGCUUGCCCCAAUCACGCCAUGGUCUCACCUGCUGAGCGCGUCACUUGUACUGAUGCUGCUGCUGGAUGUGGCAUAACCAACCACUCCAAAUCAAGUGAGUCCCCUUUGACCCACAGCUUUGAUGAUCUUCAUGCUGUUUCCUGCCCUAGCAAAACCUUCAUAUCAACAGAGCUCAGGGGAGGGUGAGGAGGAGGGUGCAUUUCUAGGCAAGAAUGCCACAGGUGCACACUAUUCUUACUCAAACUCCAGUCUUCGAUACAUAAAUACUUCUCAGAUUGUUGAACACCUUUAGUUAAUUUCCAGGAUACUGAGAUGGUUGUUUUUGUCACUUUUACUCAUUUUUUCUUUUUUCAAAGAGGGUUUGCUUGCCUCCUCCCUCUGCUCUAGCCACAAGCCUCUACCAGUUUACAUGUGUUUUGAUGUGACAGACUUUUCCUGGCUGUGGAGUCCCUGGAGAGCCUGAGUUUCCGCCCCCAAACAGUUCCACCUGUAUCCACUUCAGAUUUGUCUGUGAAUCUUCAGUGCAUGGCAUGAUGCCUGGCACCAAUCAGGUGCCCAACAAAUGUUUAUUGCCCUCAUAAUCUGAAAGAUGACAGACAGAGAGUGUUAUGCAUUUGGAUACUGGAUGUGGAGUAUUCUACAGACCUGGCUUUGGGUCGGUAGAAUGCUGUUGAUCCUUAGUUUCUCAUUUGUAAAAUGUCAAAAAUAAAACUUAAUUCUUGGAGUAGUUGUGUGAAUGAAAGAAGAUGUAGAAACCAUCUAGAACAAUACUUGUCAUGGAGUAGUUUUUUUGUAACUAUUAAUUUCAUUUCUUUCCAUAAGAUGUGGGAUUGAUGAAGAUAAUAUGCCUUGGGUGAUCUGGCUUAUCCAUCCAUUCAACUAGCCAUCCAUCUACCCAUCCAUCUUGCUGCAGAUGCAGUGAUAAAUAAAAUAAGAUUGUAUUCUGGAGAAACACAUCUAGUGGCAAAGACAGGCGUAAAACAUAACUUGCAAAGCUGUGGGCAAUAGCUACAACUGGCAUGAGUGAAGAAGUGCAUGCUCCAUGGCCACAGGAGUGACAUUUGGUAUAGAGAUCUGGUGUCCAUGCUUCUUUGCUGUGGCUUCGAGGUCUCUGGUCCAGGGCGGAGAGUCAGGGGUGCAGAGAGAUCAGACCACCCAGCCACAUUCUGCAUCCCAUAGAAUUCUUGUGUGAGGAGAUAUCCCAGCAGACCUUAAGCAGUAACAGUCAUAGAUAUGCUCACAUUGCCUCUCUAGGAGGUAGAAUUUUAUUUUUCCUGCCACAAUCAUUUUAUCCACUGUUUUGUUCCAAAGCGCUCACAUGUCACAGUAUUUCUGUGGAGUUGAGGAGCAUCUAGCAAGCUCUUAUUCCAUUUUGUUCAUGGAGGAUGCACCCUGCCCUCUCUUAGGGAAGUGGAACUACCCACACAAUAGCCCUCUGUCCCCUCUGCCUACUCACACAGACACGUACUUUGGAGGUGGAGGUUUUUUGUGCCCAGAUCAAAGAGGUCUCAUGAUCAUUUCUCUUCACACCUGCAGAGGGUCUUCUGAUGUGGGCCACACCUUUGGGGAAGUGGGGCUGCCAGCCUGUGCUUGGGAGUUGUAUCUCCUCUGAUCAGUAUGUUUCAUCCUUCAGGCACUGCCUCUCCUUGGAGGCCCAGGGGACAGGUGAGCAAGUUUUCCCUGUGUCUGUUCACCAGGCAGUAGGGCUCCUAGCUGUGUGUUAAGCCAGCAGCAAUUUUUCUUUGCAAAUACACACCCAUUUUAGAAGUUGAGGGCUCGGUGUUGUGGCCGAACAGAAGCCCAUUAUGAAGUGGUUCAUUGCUUGCACGUUGCGAUCUGCCAGGGCAGGGCUCUGAGGCCCCAUUUCGAGAAAUGUUAGUGCAGUCCAGUGGAGCCCAGGUUGCCCAUAAUGCUGCCUUUGCGAUACCUUCCAAGCCUUGCAUUGUUCCCUCCACGCACAUCAGCAAGAGCGUUGCAUGGGUGCUCCUUUGCUUGCCCUGGGAACUUUAUAGCCCAUAUUUACUAUUCAUUAUUGUUUCCAAAGUACAUCUUGUGUGAUGCCUGUUCAGUGGUAAAAUGGCCUUUCCCACUUCUUCUCCAUGGAGUUCUUCAAAAUCUGCUCCUGCCUGAGGGUGGGGGAAUGAUCCUCUUCAUGAAAGUCUUUGCAGAGGGGAUGGAAGCCUUGCUCACCUUUGCAGGAGGUGUUUGGGAAGGAAAGGCGUGGGGGCAAGGCAGAGCAGGCAGACUGAGUGUUCUUGUGGGACGCUCUGGUGGGAUGGACCCUGGUCCAUCAUUGAGGUUGAAACUGAAACCUCUGGGUGUUUACCCGGCGAAGUUACCCGGAUAAGGAAUGGGCCGGGAGGGUCAUGUGAUGGGAGUCAAGGCAAAAACAAAAGAAUCCAUUUAUUAUCCUGGCAGGAAAUUUGUUCCUUUGGAUUCUGUAGCUGCAGACAUAAUGAUUUCAUUUCCUUCGGUGGCGGGAGAUUAAUAGCCCUUACCCCUGGGCCUCUGUGGAUUGCUGUUUCCUCCAUUUCCCUAAGUGUCGUCAACUCUGAAACGUUAAUGGACACCAGAACGGCUACUGCAGAGCUGGGCUGGACGGCCAAUCCUGCAUCAGGGUGGGAAGAAGUCAGUGGCUAUGAUGAAAACCUGAACACCAUCCGCACCUACCAGGUGUGCAAUGUCUUCGAGCCCAACCAGAACAAUUGGCUGCUCACCACCUUCAUCAACCGGCGGGGGGCCCAUCGCAUCUACACAGAGAUGCGCUUCACUGUGAGAGACUGCAGCAGCCUCCCUAAUGUCCCAGGAUCCUGCAAGGAGACCUUCAACUUGUAUUACUAUGAGACUGACUCUGUCAUUGCCACCAAGAAGUCGGCCUUCUGGUCUGAGGCCCCCUACCUCAAAGUAGACACCAUUGCUGCAGAUGAGAGCUUCUCCCAGGUGGACUUUGGGGGAAGGCUGAUGAAGGUAAACACAGAAGUCAGGAGCUUUGGGCCUCUUACUCGGAAUGGUUUUUACCUCGCUUUUCAGGAUUAUGGAGCCUGUAUGUCUCUUCUUUCUGUCCGUGUCUUCUUCAAAAAGUGUCCCAGCAUUGUGCAAAAUUUUGCAGUGUUUCCAGAGACCAUGACGGGGGCAGAGAGCACAUCUCUGGUGAUUGCUCGGGGCACAUGCAUCCCCAACGCAGAGGAAGUGGACGUGCCCAUCAAACUCUACUGCAACGGGGAUGGGGAAUGGAUGGUGCCCAUUGGGCGAUGCACCUGCAAGCCUGGCUAUGAGCCUGAGAACAGCGUGGCAUGCAAGGCCUGCCCUGCAGGGACAUUCAAGGCCAGCCAGGAAGCUGAGGGCUGCUCCCACUGCCCCUCCAACAGCCGCUCCCCUGCAGAGGCGUCUCCCAUCUGCACCUGUCGGACUGGUUAUUACCGAGCGGACUUUGACCCUCCAGAAGUGGCAUGCACUAGUGUCCCAUCAGGUCCCCGCAAUGUUAUUUCCAUCGUCAAUGAGACAUCCAUCAUUCUGGAGUGGCACCCUCCAAGGGAGACAGGUGGGCGGGAUGAUGUGACCUACAACAUCAUCUGCAAAAAGUGCCGGGCAGACCGCCGGAGCUGCUCCCGCUGUGACGACAAUGUGGAGUUUGUGCCCAGGCAGCUGGGCCUGACUGAGUGCCGUGUCUCCAUCAGCAGCCUGUGGGCUCACACCCCCUACACCUUUGACAUCCAGGCCAUCAAUGGAGUCUCCAGCAAGAGUCCCUUUCCCCCACAGCACGUCUCUGUCAAUAUCACCACAAACCAAGCCGCCCCCUCCACCGUUCCCAUCAUGCACCAAGUCAGUGCCACUAUGAGGAGCAUCACCUUGUCAUGGCCACAGCCGGAGCAGCCCAAUGGCAUCAUCCUGGACUAUGAGAUCCGGUACUAUGAGAAGGAACACAAUGAGUUCAACUCCUCCAUGGCCAGGAGUCAGACAAACACAGCAAGGAUUGAUGGGCUGCGGCCUGGCAUGGUAUAUGUGGUACAGGUGCGCGCCCGCACUGUUGCUGGCUACGGCAAGUUCAGUGGCAAGAUGUGCUUCCAAACUCUGACGGAUGAUGAUUACAAGUCAGAGCUGAGGGAGCAGCUGCCCCUGAUUGCUGGCUCGGCAGCGGCCGGCGUCGUGUUCGUUGUGUCCUUGGUGGCCAUCUCUAUCGUCUGUAGCAGGAAACGGGCUUAUAGCAAAGAGGCUGUGUACAGCGAUAAGCUCCAGCAUUACAGCACAGGCCGAGGCUCCCCAGGGAUGAAGAUCUACAUUGACCCCUUCACUUAUGAGGAUCCCAACGAAGCUGUCCGGGAGUUCGCCAAGGAGAUUGAUGUAUCUUUUGUGAAAAUUGAAGAGGUCAUCGGAGCAGGGGAGUUUGGAGAAGUGUACAAGGGGCGUUUGAAACUGCCAGGCAAGAGGGAAAUCUAUGUGGCCAUCAAGACCCUGAAGGCAGGGUACUCGGAGAAGCAGCGUCGGGACUUUCUGAGUGAGGCCAGCAUCAUGGGCCAGUUCGACCAUCCCAACAUCAUUCGCCUGGAGGGUGUGGUCACCAAGAGUCGGCCUGUCAUGAUCAUCACAGAGUUCAUGGAGAAUGGUGCAUUGGAUUCUUUCCUCAGGCAAAAUGAUGGGCAGUUCACCGUGAUCCAGCUUGUGGGUAUGCUCAGGGGCAUCGCUGCUGGCAUGAAGUACCUGGCCGAGAUGAAUUAUGUGCACCGGGACCUGGCUGCUAGGAACAUUCUGGUCAACAGUAACCUGGUGUGCAAGGUGUCCGACUUUGGCCUCUCUCGCUACCUCCAGGAUGACACCUCAGAUCCCACCUACACCAGCUCCUUGGGAGGGAAGAUCCCCGUGAGAUGGACAGCUCCAGAGGCCAUCGCCUACCGCAAGUUCACUUCAGCCAGCGACGUUUGGAGCUAUGGGAUUGUCAUGUGGGAAGUCAUGUCAUUUGGAGAGAGACCCUACUGGGAUAUGUCCAACCAAGAUGUCAUCAAUGCCAUCGAGCAGGACUACCGGCUGCCCCCACCCAUGGACUGUCCAGCUGCUUUACACCAGCUCAUGCUGGACUGUUGGCAGAAGGACCGGAACAGCCGGCCCCGCUUUGCAGAGAUUGUCAACACCCUAGACAAGAUGAUCCGGAACCCGGCAAGUCUCAAGACUGUGGCAACCAUCACCGCUGUGCCUUCCCAGCCCCUGCUCGACCGCUCCAUCCCAGACUUCACGGCCUUUACCACCGUGGAUGACUGGCUCAGCGCCAUCAAAAUGGUCCAGUACAGGGACAGCUUCCUCACUGCUGGCUUCACCUCCCUCCAGCUGGUCACCCAGAUGACAUCAGAAGACCUCCUGAGAAUAGGGGUCACCUUAGCAGGCCAUCAGAAGAAGAUCCUGAACAGCAUUCAUUCUAUGAGGGUCCAGAUGAGUCAGUCACCAACAGCAAUGGCAUGAGAACUCUUGUUUUUUGGGGAAAGAGAGGAGGGAAAAGCACCAAGGUCAAGGGGGACCAGAGGUUGACCACUGUGGAAUGUACUGGAGAGACUGGCUUCCCAGCUGAGGAAUGCAUUUCCAUCAGUGAAGAAUCAACCGGACCUGUUGCUAAUAGGCAGCCUUCAUUUCUCAGUGACAGAAGCAUGUUUGAGAUGCCGUGGGAAACCAAAUAUAUAAUAAUAAAAAUAUAAAAAGGUGAUGUUCAACAGAAGUGAAGGCAAAACAAUAUGCAUCAGGAGAACAAGAGUAAACCCAGCUCCUAUCCUCAGUGGGCUGGAGUUGCCCAUCCACAGGAAGAAAGGGAAGGAGGUAGAAGGAAGAAACAGAAGCAGUGUUCCAUUUUCUUCCUCACCAAUGACAUUCUUUUCUUUUCUCCUUUUGUACUCCUCCCUGAGAGUCCCCUCCCUUCUCCCACACUCGUUUCCCUUUGCUCAUGACUCCUGUAGGGAAGUUUCUUCAAACAAAACCCAGCUCCUGAGUCUCCAGAUGUUGUUCUGUCAGUUGCCAAAGGACUUUGCUGACCACUGCAUGGGGAUCCAACCAAUUCAAUUAAUGUCUUCAUAUUGAAGAAGAGAUGUACCUUCAAUUGAAAACCUCGUUUUUCUUUUGUUUGCAUUUUCUGCAAAAAGGAAAAAGAAACCACAAAUUGGAGAAAAAAAAAAAAAGAAAAACCUGUUUCCGUGUGCCAAAGCACACAUAUGUAUGUCUGCGUUAUAAAAUGACUGUGCUUGUUCAUAACAGAUGCAAACAAGAAAGAAGAACUGGGAAGUCUUUGUCCCUAGGAAAUCCAAAGGGGCUGGAAUAUGGUGUUGGUUUGGCUUUCUGGUUGGCCCAAUCGGCCUAUUGGCUCAAUGGGAAGAGAGGAGAGGGAGAAAAAUAAAAUGAAAGGAAAAAAAUAAAAAGCUUGCAAAUUCAGACAGGAAACAGGUGAGUGGUUUGAAUUGGAUGCAGUGUGGGCCAUCCUGGAAUGAUACUGACUGAUUAAUUAUUCCUGAUAACAUCUGAAGAAAAGGAGAAGGAAAGUGUUUCUGGAGAAUGUUCUUUCACAUCACUGGAAUCUGCAAUUCAAGAAGUGACAAGGGAGAAUUCUUGCUUUACCUAUGGACUGGCUUAAGCCACGUGGCAUCCGAGGAAUGUUUCAAAUGUGUCUGUGUUUCUCUUUACAUUCCUUAUUGUACCUCAUCGUUCAAUUCACUUUUGUAAAUUCCACCUAACAUUUAAUUAUUUUUAAUUUCUCCUUUUACCUUAAUCUCCUUGCUAAUUUUAUCUGUCUAAUUAAAAUGAGCAGAAGCAUGUCUGGGUUUACGUAAAAUGGUGUCAGAGUGUGUAUACCUGGACCCCAGUGGGUUGUCCCCAAGUUUCAAGAGAAUCCUUAAAAACUGUCUUUCUUCUUUCUAAUGUGGGAGGGAGGGAACACAUCCCUGACCCCAUGAAUGCCAAGAAGCAGAAUAUAUUAAACUCACUGGCACUGAUGUGACCCAAAGGAAAAACUGAAUAAAAGAGGCUUAAGAAGUCGCUGGCAAAUAAACACAAACAAUCACCAUGAAUACACUAUCAACCCUGAUUUUAGUUUACACACUGCAUUUGAGAAGUCCACAUCCAGGCCAAUUUUGUAAAUGUAGACUGCUUGGUUGUGGUUUAUCUAUGAACGUGCAGUUGGGAGUGGAGGGAUAUGAGGUAGUGAAAGAUGUUAUGGUUGCCAAGUAGCUCAUUUAAUACAUAUUUACAUUGAUAAUAGCCUUUUCCCCUAGUCAUUGUUAACUUUGAUAUGAGGUGGUUCUUGUCUUCUAAAAUCACUGGCCAAGAUCCCCUGAACAAUCAACCCCCUCAGAGCGGCCCACUGGCCUGGGGGUACAGCAUUAAUUCAGGGGAGCUCAUCUUAAUCACCAUCCAUGUGCUGAACCCCUGGAGAAUGGAAGUAGAUGGACAGAACUCCUCUCAGCAAGUUUGCCUGAGGCUGCAAAGGACCCCAAACCAACCACACAAGUAGAAGAGAAAAUUUCCCUUUAUUAAUUGCUUACCAAUUCCAUGCACAAUUUACUAAUUACCCCAAAGACCCCAAUCCAUGAGUAUCAUACAAGUCUAAGCAAUUUGGCUAAUCUACUCUCAAUUUUCCACAGGAAUGAAUUUUAAUCUGUCACUAAAUUCCUCUGGCAGAAUCUUUAACCCCGAAUUCUCACUGCCGCCUCCACCAAUGCCAGCUCAUCUUCUGGUUGUGGACAAAGCAGGGUCGAGGUGAAAGUCCUGUUAAACCCUUUGGCUUGGUUUCACCAUAGAUCCCAGAAUGGAGAGAGCGAGAACCCAAAGUGCACAAGAGGAAAGCAUGAGAGGUCAGCAGAGCCAAGGCCAGGGUGCCUCAAGGCACAGUUUUCAGUGAGGUGAGCACGACCAAGAUCUGGACACCCCCAACCGCCACAGAUGCCCUGCACAAGGCCCCACCCCUACACCCCAGAUGAACUACAGGAACACAUGAAGCCUGAAGGGAAGGAGAUGUGUCGCUAGUGAGUGAGACACAUUACCUCUGCAGCACGGGGCCAGCCAUGAAUCUUUCUGAGCCUCCAUUUCCUCAUCUGUGUAAUAGGAAAAUAUCACCUACCUUCGAUGAAGAGUAUCUAACAUUCAUGAGCAGGUUCUCUAUGCCAGGCACUUAUCUAAGUGCCUUACAUGCAUGAAAUCUCUUCCUUACCGUAAUCUUGUGAAGUAGUAGCAGGUAAUUUAUUGUUCCCAAUUUUGGAUGAGGAAACUGAGAGACAAAGGCCCUUCACAGAUCACACAAUGGUGGAGUCAGGAUUUUGACUCGGGCAACCUGACUCCUUGCUCUUAACCACUUACCCCAGUGGGUCUCACACUUGAGUAUGCAUUGGUAUCACCUAGAAGUAUUGUUAAAACAAAGAUCAUAGGCCCCACCUUUGGGCUCCUGAUUCAGCAGGUCUAGAGUGGAACUAGAGAACAUGCACUUCUCACAAGUUUCCAGGUGCUGCUGAUGCUGCUGGUCCAGGGACCAUGCUUUGAGAACCACUGUAUUACCCCAGCCUACCUUCCUGAGAAUUAGUGAUAAUAGACAUAAAGCUCCUGCUUCAGGAAAUCGUAGUGAUCAGGGUUCUUGAGAUACCCAGAAAGAAGGGAAUGAACCCUCACACUUUUGGCAUGAAGUGAUGGGAGAGGCUGGUUCCCAUCUAGUGUCUCCUCCACUGGCACAUUUAGCUUCAGGGGGCUUUACUCACACCUUCAAAGAAGCUCCGUGGGGAGAAUACUGUCAGUGAGAUCCCCAAUGCUCUAAAUUUCAGCUACAUAUGCUGCCUCAUCAUCUCACAGAAGACUAAAUCCAAUUUGGACCCUUACUUACACUUACUUGCUUACUUACACUUUGCACAAUGGUCAGUGGCCCAUGGCCCUGAGAGCCAGGUUAAAGAGAUGGAACCUGCAGCCAUGCUGUGUAGCCCAGAGUGUGAGCUAAAAGGGGACUGCUCAGCCAGCACAGAAAGGGGACUGCUCAGCCAGCACAUAAAGGGGGCUGCUCAGCCAGCACACCUGCAGCCACUGGGAGUCAGGUGGGCAGAGGUCACACGGGGGCAGGUGGGAGGUGUUUAAUUAAUGUUCCCGGGUCAAGGGUAAUGGAAAUGGAGGUGAUUUGUGGAGAAUUCUUGGAGAUUAUGCCCCACCUUUCCACACCCUCUCCCUGUCCCUUCCAGCACUCAAAGACAUGAAUGACUGUAGAGAGGUAGAUAAAUCGACAGAUUAUAUGUUUAUUGUAUCACCUGGGUGUCCAAAUACAUUCAUACACUACUGAAAUUAUGUGCUUCUUUCCACCUUCCACCUCUCCAUAUGUCUCCUUCCCACCACAUUACAUGUGGAGCCAGGCCACUGGAUUCUUGCCAAGGCCACCUGGGAUAAUGGAAUUAAAUGAGAACACAAAGUUUUUCUUAACCGUGCACUUAUGAAGAGAGCAGAGAAACCAGUGAGGGUUGAGGAAUAGGACUUUAGGAAUAUCGGAGGGCAGGAAGACUGAGACAUACAGCAGGAAGAAGAGAAUUUACAAAGUAUCAGUUAAAAUGAAAGGUUCUAACAGUUCCCUGGCAUUCUAAGAAGGCCUUUUGGCCUUUUGGAGGAGCCUGGGAAUCCAUCAUCUUUUCAGAAAUAUUAGUGACUCUGGCACCAACUGGCUGAGGGCAUGGUGAGGUCCCUGUCAGUGAAGCAAGGGGGAAGACACAGCCAUGAUGGGGAUCAGCCACAAAGAGGCACCAUCCAGAGCACUCCAAGGACACACAGUGCUAAAAGAGGCCUUACGAUUCCUAUCAGCGUGAGUUCUGCAUUGGCUGAGACUUGCAGUCCAUGUAGAAGUCAUAGAGCCAUUUCUGAAGUGGCGAGAGGUUUUGUAUUGUCCAAGAUAUCAUUGGGACAUCGGUCAGGGGCACAGUAGAGGGGAAUCCCUGAGGUCACAGAAAGGUGGCCAAAAGAGGAAAGGGUAUGUCUAGAUCACACUGGAAGGUCAUUCCAGUUGACUGAGGUCCAAUGGCAACUAUGUUCACCACCAGGGAGUCUCCUGAGACCAGCCAUUUCCAAAUGAGAACAGUUAUACAGAGGUCUGAGAACAAAUUCUCAGUCCCUCUCAGAGAGUGCAAGCACUGGUAGGGGGUGGGAGGAUGUGUUCUGCAGACCUGAUGAAGGGUGGAUGGGAUGGGUGGGCCUCCAUCACUCACCGGGGAAAAAGGAGAGCCCUCCCUCCUGCAUCCCGCCUGGGCUGGCCCUGUUAUCACAGGUCCUUGAGGGGUUCUCAUGCCACUGUGAGUCAUGACUUAGCACAUAGUAUCCUAGCAGAACCUUGUGGUAAUUCUCCAAAUGAAAGUGGCCACAGGACACAUCCUACUCACCUAUGUACCCAGCACUCAACACACUGACACAUGGAAGAUGCACAAUAAAUGUGUGGUGAUUGAAAUAA